AUGAGAACUGGUUGCUUCCUAAGCCUCCCCCCUCUCACCUCAAACCAACCUUCCAAUGCUUACCCACCUCAUCUUUCAUCGGUCAAAAACCAAGCAUCGUGGAAGAGGCAAUGCGUUGUGAUGGGAGUCGCGUCCUACGUGGUUGGACUAGAAAUGUGCGAUUCAAUGGCUGUAGCUCAACAAAUGCUUCAAACCACCACUCUGCCAAUUGCUGACCAUGUAUCAAAUGUUUCCAACGCUGGUGCCAAAUGGAGCCAGGAACGAACCUGCCCCCGUUGGCAAGACAACUCGCUCGAAACCAUCGUGCCGGAGAAUCUUCCACGGCCCUCCGCUCGCCGCCGCUACGAGGCCGUCCGUUCCUCCUCCAAGACUGCGCCGCCGCUCUCCGCCGCCCCAACCAAACAUCCAAACAACAACGGCAGUUGCUUCUCCAUGUGA